AUGGCCGACGACGUUCACCAGGGAGAUCCUGAAAAUGUUACGUCAAAAGAAGUGCAACGAUGUGAAACUCCUUGGGCAUCUAUCUAUCUCGCUGGUGCUUGCUCAUUUGUACAAGCAGUACAAUUCGGUAUCUUCACCAGUUCCAUGUGGCCUUAUUUACGAAAGCUCAAUCCAGAGGCUAUAGAAACUGAAUUUGGCUAUAUUUUGGGAUUGUACAGUUUUGCUCAAUGUAUAUCUGCACCGCUAUUUGGAUAUUGGAGCAAUCGAAUAGAGCAGUGUGAGGUAUUCCAGGUUCGCCUACCUCUCCUAGCGGGUUUCGCUUUUAUGUUGGCUGGAAACUCUCUCUAUGUCUUCUUAGAAUCUGUUCCUCCAUCGAAAGUGGUUUACGCAAUGAUGGCGGCGCGAGCUGUUGCAGGAUGUGGGACA